AUGGAUUUUAAAGCAAGUGGGACAAAGUUUAAGAAAACUGGCAAGAAGGUAGUGCCUGCUAAAGCGUUUGAAGAAAUUGUUCAGACAAAUAGAGAUGUUCUGAAAAAAUCAGCAUUCCUCUCAGAUUUACUUGAAAAUUUACAACCGCACCUCAAUAACAUUAAGAAAAUACGAUGUGUUGCAAUUGGAAAUUUCAAGGAGGAUUUUCCUGCGACGUACCAAUUCGCUCUUCUCCUAGAGAUUACUGAUUAUAUAAAAAGUGAGGAUGAAAGGGAUGUCGUUGUUUCCCUGUAUGAUCCAAUAUUUACUAAAGAAGAGAUACAGUACUUGAAAAGUUUAGGAAGCAAAUGGCUGAUAGAGGAAGAAUUUUCAGAGAACGAUGCAAUUGAUUAUGAAUCGGUAUUAUAUUUCCUUCCCCAUGCUCCUUUGGAUUUAACUGAGAACAUACUAUCGUCACAGCGACCACACUUAUGGCUGGCAAAUAAUAUGAUAUCACACACCGAUAGAUACACCAAAGCAAAACUUUGUGAAAACUAUCCUAAUUUAAGCAAGCUAGUUCAUUACUUGCAGACUAACGCUCCGCCAGAAGUUAAAAAAGCACAUGAUGUAGAUGGUUUUGCAACAUUCAUUCCAAAGAGAAAAAGAAAAAACAGAAACAACUCCUCUAAACUCAAGGUCACACCAUCUGAUAUAGACUAUGAUUCAAUAGCACCGAAGUUUAAGUCCUGCCAAAUACUCACCGAUUUUGAUGAAGGAAAGUAUUUGAAGGAAAAACCCUGGAUCAAUUCCUUCUCUGACUUGACGUUACAUGCUAUAGAGUACUAA